UAUCUACUAGUAUUUCCAAUGAAACUGCCUACAUUACUGUCUGCACUGCUCUGGACGGCGGCAGCAGCAGCAGUAACAGCCAAGUCCACCGUCGUCAACCAGACCACCUGCGGCGGCACGACCUACGCAUACACCGGUCUGGAAGGCUACGGGUUCAUCCCGUCCAACGCAACGGACAAGUAUGGCGACACGAUCGGCGGAAUCGGCAGCUCGAUAGCCAUUGCGCCAGAGUCCUGGCGCCGAACCGGGCGAGACACGUACUCAGGAACCGUCUAUGCGCUACCUGACCGCGGCUGGAACACCAACGGAACCCUAAACUUCCAACCGCGCAUCCACAAAAUCGCCCUCACGCUGACCCUCGCGCGCAACGCCUCAGCCAAAAACCCCUCGUCCCCGAACCUGCGCCUCAAAUACCUCGACACGGUCCUGCUCACCGGCCCCGACGGCGUCCCCACCACCGGCCUGGACCCCGACGUCACCGGCGCCGCGUCCUACCCGGGCUACCCGCCCCUGCCGGCAGCUACCUAUGUCGGCGACGGCUUCGGCGACGCGGGACCCGGCGGGAGGCGCAUCUCCCUGGAUCCGGAGGGCCUGGCCAUCGACAACGACGGGGCGUUCUGGGUGUCCGAUGAGUACGGGCCGUACGUGUACAAAUUCAGCAAGGAGGGGACGAUGGAGCUGGCGAUCCAGCCGCCGGAGGCGAUCGUACCGCGUCGGAACGGGACGGUGAGUUUCAGCGCGGCCAGUCCGCCGGUGUAUGACCCGGAGCUGGAGGUGAACCCGGAGGAUCCGCAGACCGGACGGAACAAUAACCAGGGUCUGGAGGCGCUGACUCUCUCGCCGGACGGGAAGACGUUGUACGCUAUGAUGCAGUCGGCGCUGAACCAGGAGGGCGGGCCGAAGAAGAAGAACCGGCAGCCGGCGCGGCUGCUGGAGUAUGAUGUUUCCUCGGGCAAGCCGGUGUACAAGCACGAGUAUGUUGUGCUGCUGCCGAAGUAUGACGAUUAUACGAAGAAUGAAUCGGUGGUCGCGUCGCAGUCGGAGAUCCACAUGCUUCCCACUGGGGAUUUCUUGGUCCUCUCGCGAGAUUCUGGGUUCGGGCAUGGCCAGGACGAGACAAGGUCGGUGUAUCGGCAGGCGGAUGUGAUCUCGAUUGCGAACUCGACGACGGAUUUGAAGGGCAAGUAUGAUGGUGUUGGGGCGAGUGUGGCUUCUUCCAAGGGCGUGUUGAAGGACGGCAUUACGCCGGUCGAGUACUGCUCGUUCUUGGAUUAUAAUGUUGAGUCGCAGCUGGCGAAGUUCGGGCUGCAUAAUGGUGGAUCGCAGGAUGCGUCGCUGUUGAACGAGAAGUGGGAGAGCUUCGCGCUGGUUCCGGUUGAGCCGGAACAGAGGAAGCGUGGCUCGGCGAAGAAUGAGUAUUUCUUGUUCAGCUUCAGCGAUAAUGACUUUAUGACGCAGGAUGGUGAGUCUUUCCCUGGUGUAGAUGUAGAAGACUUUAAGCUGACUAGAUGCUUAGGGCACAUGAACUUUGGGCGGUACAAGUACGCCGAUGAAUCGGGUUACAAUAUCGAUAACCAGGUGCUGGUCUUCCGGAUGGAAUUCUAA